CGAUCGGUGUCUAAGUUGUUUUGUUUGGCCGUUUCAUAAUUUAACUGAAAUAAAAGUGACAAUAGUAAUUAAAUUAAAUUAAAAUGAAGCCUGAUCAGGUGCGCGUGGGCGGCCUAAUAAUGUCAACCAUUUUAAAAUUGUGCGAAAAAGGGUUGAACUAUCAAGAAAAUGUAAAAAUCGAAGCGGUUGUAGGCAUAACGAUUGACUCUGUGGACGUGUUUUACAUUCACAUCGAUAAAUCAGUGCCGCUAGUAAAUAACGAAGAUGGUAGCAGCACGAGUGCAACAUCAACAUCGACCAACUAUAUCUCGUCGUCCAGUGCUUUCAACGAGCCAACAUCUUCAAAUCGUGAUGGUUCCAUCUCUGUUGGUUCAACUAACUCCGACUCCACAAUUACUGAUGGCAAUAUUUUCGGUGAUGUGAAAAUCAAAGAAGAAAAUGAAUCAUGCUCCGGACCAACAAUAAUGUUAGAAAAUAAUGCUGGUUUUGACGUUGUAAAUGUCGCACCAAAAACAGAAAUUACAAAUGAGAAUGUAUCCACCAGUGGAGGAACAAUAAAUAAUAAUGCUGCUUCAGAUUCUCCACCUCCAUUGAUUGAUGUCAAAAUGGAAGCCAACUUUAUCACCAAAUCCAGUUCAAAUAUAGAUAUAGACAUUCCAUUGUUGGAAAGUGAAGUGAUUGACAUCAACUCAGAUGAUGAAGACCAGGAUAGAACAUUGGAAUUGAAUUUGGAACAGUCUCUCGCUGAAGAAUCUACAGUACACACUCAGCAGCAGCAGCAGCAACAACAACAACUGUUUCAGCAACAACCACAGUCGAGUUACAAUAUGUUACAAUCUCAGCCUUCUUACCAAGGACAUGACAUAAACAACACCCCUACCUUACAGCAUUCGUUAACAAGUGACGUUUCUAUGGACCCACAACAAUGCCAACCACAACAGUAUCAGCAGCAGCUACAAAUCAUUAAUAAUAGUAACAACAACAACAGUAAUGCAAGUCUUUACAAAAGCUGUCCUCAACUUCAACAACAACUGCAACAACACUUGCAGAAACAACCACAACCAGGUCCAUCGACACCUCAAAAACAACAGCAGCCAAUGAGUCAACAAUCUCAAAGAAUGAAAAGUCCAGUCAUGCAGAGAAGUGCAUCUCAGAGUCAGAGCAUGGCAUUGGUACCUCUUCAGACAGCUCCUGGGCAAAAAAUGUUCCAACAGCAACAACAUUACAGACAACAGUUAAAUAUGAAUCCAAAUCAACGGCUUGCAUCACCACCACCGCAACGCCAAUCUUUCCAACCACAUCAACCUCGUUAUCAAAUCCAGCAACCACAGCAACUGCAGCAACAAUUCAUGCAACCCAACAGCAGUGGACCACCAACAGGUAAUCCAUCUGCAAGGGCUCGGGGUUCAAGAGGGAUGGUAGCCAGAGGAAGAAUGUCUUCAAGAGGCAUUGGUGGGAGGGGAAUGAUGAUGAGUAGGGGAGGAGGAGGAAGAGGAGGCGGUAGAGGAAAUGUAAAUGCCAUAAAUGAAGUUGUACAGUGUCAGUCUGGGGAUGGCUUCUCUUUCAACAAGCAAAUGACAGUUUUGAGUCAGUUUGGUUGUAAUCUCUGCGGUAAGGUUUAUAAGAAUCAGCGAAGUGUGCUACAUCACCAGUCGCAGGUUCACGGAAGACCCAAAAAGAGUCGAAAGAAGAAAACCACAGAAAGUUUUGAUGAAGAUGAUGAUGAUGGUACUGGUUUUGAUACUGCUUGUAGUGAGGAUUAUGGGGAUACGGAUUAUGGUGGUGAUGAAAUGAUGGAAGAAGGUGAGGACUAUGAAGAAGGUGAAGAGUACGAUGAUGGUCAAUGGUGAUGUGGUCAAUGAUUAUUUCAAUGAUUGUUUAUCAACUUUUUUAAUUUUUUGUUGGGUUGUUUGUAAAUAAUAUUUUCAUCAGAAGUAAAAAUAUUAGUUUCCAAA